UGGGGAUAUUUGGCCUUUGUGUUAUUAAGUCUAUUCUUUAAUAAUGCUCUUUUGUCAGUAAAUUCUUCACAUUGACUUCUUGAACACAUAGUGCAACUCCUAUGCCCUCUCACUGGAUGUCCACAGACAUCAGUGUUGCCUCUGUGCUGCAUGAUAUGAAAGGAAGGAAGCUACUCUGCAGAUAAGCACUACAGCCAGGAAGCUGAUAUAAGUCUGUAAUCAAAGGGAGGGCCGGGGGGGUGGUGGACUAUACUGUUGUCCUUAGCAGCACCAAACUUUCCUGUGAAAGUGGAAAAUUUAGUCGUAGCUUGAAAAAGACCAUACUGUAUAAAGUGGAAGCAGAUGGAUGGGCUUUUUAGUAACAUUUAUGUGUAAUGGCUUAAUAGAAUUAUUUAACAGUGAUGACGAGUGAAAGAUUGGUUUAUUCUUCCUCCUUGGAAGCAUAUUUCCUCUCAUCCUGUGUUUAUUCUAAACGUAGCAAGAAGUGGAACAUGGGUGGGGUGGAAAACAGAGACGGUCAGAGUUGAAUACUAUAGGCGUGGUUCAUAAUUCUUUUCUCAUGCACUCCAGGGUCUUUGCGUCUUCAAUUGUCUUUUCUUUCCUCGUGGAAGUUACAAAGUAGACCUCAUGCGAGCAGCUUUGGGUUUAAGGCAACAAGAGGAGCGCUGCAACAUGGCGACGAACAGCACUGAUACGGAGGAGCACCUGAGGGCAAACGUGGAGGAUCAGCCACCAAACGCACGACUGCUUCAAGAUGUGCUGUGUGAUUCCUGCAUGGACACCCCCAGCAGAGCGCUCAAAUCCUGCCUGACUUGUCUGGUCUCCUACUGCGAAGCCCACCUCCGACCGCAUCUGGAGAAAGCCAAAUUUCAGAACCAUCAUUUGGUGGAUCCCCUCCAUGACAUCGACCGCCAGACUUGUGAGAUUCAUCAACUUCCCCUCAAGAGCUUCUGCUUUCAGGACAGCUGCUGUGUCUGUGGAGACUGUGAGGACCAGGAGCACGAUGGGCACGAAACAAUGUCCUUGGAGGAGGCUCGAGGACACGUUGAGACUGCACUUCUGCAGAAACACAAGGAGAUCAAGCAGCACGUCUCAGAUGUAGAGAAAGUAGUUGGAAAAUUGCAGAGCAACAGUGCUUUCCUUAAGUCUUCUGUGCAGGAGGUUUGUGUUGUUGUUGAACAGCAGUUCACCAGGCUGCAGAACGCUGUGAAGGAGGCCAGAACGAAGGUGGAGACACUGCUGGAAGGAGAGCAGAAGCGAGCUCUGAGACAAGCGGAGGGCAUCCAGGCACAUCUGGAGCAGAGGAAGGUGGAGCUGAUGAAAACUGCAGCCAAGAUGAAUAGGCUGUCCAAGAUCAAAUCUGAUGUUGAUUUUCUAAAGGAUUACACAGAGUGGAACAAAGGAUCGACAGACGUAUGCGUGCCCGCAGUGCACAUCAGUCGACCGGAUCAUCUGCAGCAGUGCGUCCAAGCAGUGACUGAUGUUACUCAGGAGUUGUGCGACCUGAUUUUGGACUCCUAUGGUGAACAAAUGAGGCUGAUCUGCAGAUGUGCAGAUGAUAGACGCUUGGUGCCAGAAUCUCAGCCAUCUUCUCUGCCUGAUCCUGAGACCCAGGAAGACUUUUUGACAUACGCAACGAGGUUGUCCUUCGACCCCGACACCGCUCAUCGUUUCCUACGUCUGACGGUAGACAACAGAAGGUUAACCAACACCAGCCCCUGGCAGCACAGCUACCCGCACCACCCCAGCCGCUUUGACUACUGGCGUCAGGCCAUGACAUCGGAGAGCCUCUACUUGGGACGGCAUUACAUUGAAGCAGAGCUGAGUGGGGAGGGCGCACACGUCGGGGUCACUUACAAGAGCAUAGAUCGUAAGGGAGAAGAAGGCGGCAGCUGCAUCACCGGGAAUGACUUUUCCUGGUGCGUUGGAAGAAACAGCAAAGGUUUCUCUGCCUGGCAUGCUGGGGAGGAGACGCCUCUGGACGUCUCUGACGUCACCAGGGUCGGCAUAUAUCUCGACUUUCAGUGCGGCUCUGUGUCUUUCUAUGACAUAACAGGCCCUAUGACGCCGCUCCACACGUACACCGCUGACUUUAUAGAGCCCUUAUAUGUAACAGCCUGGCUAUCAAAGAAAGACAACGCUGUAACUCUGGUUAAUGCAAAAUGAUGCCAACAAAUUUUCUGCUGAGUUAUAAAUGUCCAUGGAGGUUUCACGACAGGGGCAAAAAAAAUGUGUAAUGUACAAAUGGCCGAUAUUUCACAUGCAUGUCAAUGAAUGAGAAAUUUACUACCAUCUAGUGGUAGCUGUGCAACUUACUGUAAACACAGGCUUCGUCUGCAUCAGUGGGCGUCAGGAAUCUUCUGCAGAUUUAUUGGUGUUUUACUGCCACUCAAUGUAAUGUGCAUGAGAAAGAGCGGACGACAAUAACUCACACUGCCACUUAUUCUCUUGAUUUGUCUUGCAAGUU